AUGUUCAAGUAUCUGGUUUCGAUUCUGCUGCUUGUCAGUCAGGUGGCUGCCCUGCACUUCUACCUCGAGGGCGAUCAGCAGCGAUGUUUCUACGAGGAGCUGCCCAAGGGCACUCUUGUUGUUGGCAAGUACGACGCGUGGGAGUACCAGCCUGAGUCUGGCCAGUGGAUCAAGCCCCACAACCUGGCUAUCCUGACCACCAUCGAGGAGACUUUUGACAACGACCACAUGGUGCGAUCCCACCGAGGAGAGAUGGCCGGCGACAUCCACUACAUUACUGCCGAUCACGGCGAGCACAAGAUCUGUUUCCGAGCCGCCACCAAGGACCGAGGAUGGUUCAAGAACAGCCGAGUCAAGAUCACCUUCGACAUGAGCUUUGGCGAGGGCUCUCUGCUCGACUCCAAGAACGAGGUCAAGGUUCAGGGUAUUGUUGCCCGACUCCAGCAGGUUCGACAGCGAGUUCUUGAGAUCCGACGAGAGCAGGUCUACAUGCGAGAGCGAGAGGCCCAGUUCCGAGACCAGUCCGAGUCCACAAACUCUCGAGUUGUCCGAUGGAUCAUCAUCCAGGCCAUUGUUCUGGGAGCCACCUGUGCUUGGCAGCUCAACCAUCUGCGAGGUUUCUUCACCAAGCAGAAGCUGGUUUAA